UGGAUAUUGAAAGCGAAACUCUCCAUUUUCAACUUGUAGGUCGUUGUGGGUGUUCUUUCUUGUCGGUUGCCUCUUGUGAUAAUCGAUCCUAGGGGCCGUAAUAUUUUAUCACUCGUCCAAACAACGUUUAUUGGAAACAGGAACUCACAAAAAAUCGAAGGCAUCAAGAAAAUGUUGACAUCAGCUUUGGCCUGUCAGUCAUUGCCACACUACUCUGAUUUUGAUACAACUUCAGAGAGUGGUCUUUCUGAUUUAUCAUACGUUCUUCCUUAUCGUCCGAAGAAAUCUUUAACCAGGAAUAAACCGAUGAAAGCUAGUCCUGGUGAAAUAAGGCUUGGAGCAAGGGCGAUGAGAAGAUACGAAAAUGAAGUUUAUUUAAAUACAUUAGCUGUGAUUACUGAAACCGAUGGGGACAAUAUUGAUGAUUGUUGGCCUGAAAGUUUUAAUUAUUGUUCAACGUUUACUAAAUUACUAGAAGAUGAGAAUAUUCGAGCUGCUUGGGAUGCAUUUAUUCAAUUAUCUGAAAAAGAACAAGAGAAACUUCUCGGUACACUUCGUGUAAAAAACAAAAUUAAUGAUAAUGAGAUGGCAGGUAGUGAUGAUUAUGAUAAUGAAGAUGAUAUAUCAUCAUAUUCUUCUGCUAUUCACCAUACCCCAUCUUCUUUAUCUCAUCCAAAACGUCACAUGAAGCAUCGAUGUAGACGAUCUAAACGCGAAGAGAGGAAGAAACGAUUUGAUGAUGUGAAUUCACUGCUACAAUCUAAUCUUAAUAUGUGUGUAUCUGUUCAAUCAGAAGAUAAUAACAAUGUGACCAAAGAUAAUUUGCAUGAUUUAGAAAUAGAACGGCGUAUUCCUACUCGUGUACUAUCCCUUGUAUCAGACCCUAUUCCUACAAACAUGAUGACGAUGAACAAUUUAAAACACAAUCGAAAACGUUGUAAACGUCCACUUACUCCGACUGAUAUUUGUUUAAUGCAACGAGUUGAAGUUGAGUUGAGACAGCAUUUUUUCUCUCAAAUAAAUUCAAAUGGUAUUGUUGGUCGUUGGACACCAUCAUUAUCAUUGUUGUCACAAUCAAUGUCACCUUCAAUGACUAACGACUGUACGAAUAAAAAUAAGAAUUAUUAUUCACAUCCAGAUCUAUUGUGCUUGGAUCCAUUCCAAAGAUUAUUGGUUCAUUCAGUCGCCAGCUAUUUAGGGUUGAAUUCAUAUAGUACAUGGUCUAAUUCACUGGGUGAACGUCAAUUAUGGGUGGAGCAAAUUUUAGGUAAAUAUAGUCAGCCACCAAAGCAACACUUUGUGACGUUAAUUGAACAAAAAAUCAAACAAUCAUCAAAACCAUUGUCAUUGAGUACAUGAUAGUGAUCACUGGUGUGUGUAAAAGAUAGUUUACUCCCUUACCAUUUUUAAUUGUUGCGCUGUUUUCCCCUUUUCAUCUAACUAUUCCGUUAUCGAUCACGUUUAUAAUAAUAAUAAUAAUAAUAAUAAUAAUAAUAAUAAUAAUAAUAAUAAUAAUAA